CAUAUGUCAACCAAGCCAGCAGCUGUGCAGAGCAGCACAGUUUACCACAUCAGUCCUAAUUUUUCUGUCUAAAAGUUGGGAACUUCUCCUGAUAAACUAUGGACAGUGCUUUCAAUAACCUGGAUGCAGCUGGUUUUCUGGAGAUCUGGCAGCACUUUGAUGCAGAUGAUAAUGGCUACAUUGAGGGGAAAGAGCUGGAUGAGUUUUUCCGCCACAUGAUGAAAAGACUUGGUCCACAGGAGAAAGUGACUGAAGAGAGAGUGCAGAGGCUGAAGCAGAGGUUCAUGUCUGCUUACGACGUCACUGCUGAUGGGAAGCUUCAGAUUCAGGAGUUGGCCAACAUGAUCCUGCCUGAGGAUGAAAAUUUCCUGCUCGUUUUUCGCAGAGAAGCGCCUCUGGAUAACAGUGUGGAUUUCAUGAAGAUUUGGAGGAAGUACGAUGUUGACUGUAGCGGCUACAUAUCAGCUCAGGAGCUGCAGGCUUUCCUGAAAGACUUGUUUCAGCAGCACCACAAGGAAGUCUCCUCUGAUAAGCUGGAGGAGUACACUGACGCAAUGAUGAAAAUAUUCGACAGAAACAAGGAUGGCCGUUUGGACCUGAACGAUUUGGCCAGGAUUUUGGCUUUAGAUGAAAACUUCCUCCUGCAGUUCGAGAUGGAUGCCGGCAGCAAAGAGGAGAGGAAGAGAGACUUUGAGAAGAUCUUCGACCAUUAUGAUGUUAGUAAGACGGGAGCUCUUGAGGGUCCAGAGGUUGACGGCUUUGUUAAAGACAUGAUGGGGCUGGUCAGGCCCGACAUGACCGGUCCCGAGCUGGACAAGCUGCGAGCCAUUAUGCUGCGCCACUGCGACGCCAACAAGGACGGAAAGAUCCAGAGAAACGAGCUCGCUCUGUGUCUGGGAGUCAAGCCGAACCCUUAAGGGAGAAGCCUGCCGUGUUGAGAAGCAGGCGAAAUGUGCUGUUCUAUCUGUUGGCUGAAUGUUGUGAUCUGAUCCAGAUUACUGGGUUACUUCAGGUCAAUUUUCAUAAUGUGUUCUUGGAUACCGAAUUGUGAAAUCAGUUGAUAUUGUCUAAGGAAAUGACUGACAAUGUGCAUGUUUCAGGGACAAUAGAAUAUGAUAGUUCUUUUUUUUUGUGUCUGUGACAAAAGAUGUGUCGAAUAUUAGCCAGUGUGAUGAGUAACAAAAAACUUGCAUGUCUUUGUUUUAAAGCUAAAGUACAGGAUGUUAAGUCUAUUUUGAAUCUACUGUACGCUGCUGAGAAAUUGUGAUGGCAUAUUUAAUAUUCUUAACUCUACUUUUUAUAACUUGAAAGUAGAGCUGAGCCACAUCUCUGCAACGUAUAUGAACUUAUCUCAAAGAAAAGCAGCUCCUGAUGAUGUGAGGUGAGUUGACAUGCACAGGUUGGCUCAAGUGUCACAUGUAACAUGUAAACCACUAAACCUUAAAAUGCA